AUGGUUGAGGAAGAUAGUGAUGUUUUCGUCAACGUAAGCGAGGAACAACCUACUUGUGUGGCAGAAGUGGGGAAGCAACCGGCAAAUGCUGAACAAGAAAUCGAUGAAGGCACUGUAUUUUUUUUACAGGACACAGAAACGGAAACAGGCACACUAAAAAAAUCACUUAGUAGUGUUGAGAACAAACCUAUCAGCAAAAAGAACAAGAAAAGAAUAAAUGAUGCUGUAGAGAAAAAACGGUUGGAGCAGCAUGAAGAAGCUGUUAGUUUAGCUAUCAACGUGUUAAAGAAACCAAGGACUGAAACCCAAUUGGACGAAUAUAACGCAUUUGCCGUUACUGUUGCCAGUAAACUUAAAAGAAUGACAGAAGACCAACGACUGCUUGCUGAAAUGUUAGUGAACAAGGUAUUAUUUUAUGGGGUCAAGGGAAAACUUACUGAAGAAAGUGACAUUACUGUUACACGUGAACCUGUCCAAUACUCAACAAAUUUUGGGUUACGGUACAAUAGUAACAUUAACAAUACACAUCAAACCACUCAUUACCAAGAUGACUCUUGUCCUGCUAAUCCAUCACGCUCCACUUCUUCUUCAGCAUCUUAUCAAUAUUCUCCAGGUUCUUCUAGUAAUUCUCUAUGGCCACUGUAAGGAAGAUUACCUAUAAAAUUGUUCUUAUGUCUCCA